AUGGAACCACAUACCCAGCAACCAACCGAGGAUGGAGGAAGCAACAAAGCAGCCGGGAGUAGUGCUAACAUGUUUUGUAGGCGGAGCAGUACCAGGUGGACUCCCACUACAGAUCAGAUAAGAAUCCUCAAGGAGCUUUACUACAACAAGGGAGUUAGGUCCCCAAAUGCAGAGCAAGUUCAGAGGAUCUGUCUCCAGCUGAAACGGUACGGAAAGAUCGAGGGCAAGAACGUCUUUUACUGGUUUGCGAACUACAAGGCUCGGGAGAAGCAGAGGAAGAGGUCCACUUUGGAUGUUCAUGUGCCCAUGCAAAGAUCAGGGCUUGUUGGUAAUGGUACCAAUUGGAAACCUGAGGAUCAGUAUAUUAACUUCGGAUCUUCUGCAUUUGCUUCUGCUUCUUCAGCUGGUGUGAUUGCUUUUAACGGGCAAAUGGGGAGCUAUGGUGGUUAUGGAUCCAUGAGCAUGGAGAUUGAAACCCUUCCUCUGUUCCCCAUGCACGGUGAAGACAUUUUUGGCAACAUGAAGACUACUUCCGAU